AUUUUACUAAGAGCGCAGGUCAGUAUGCAUGUUUUCGCUUUUUUUCACCUUCUCUCCUGUGUUUUGGUUUUGUUUUUCUCUCCCUCCUAUUUCCCCUCCUUCCUAUUUCUUCACUGCCCGCCAUAUAGCCUGGAAUCUAAGGCGCGCGUCUCCUCAUCCACACUCCUGUUUAUUCUUCCCACGGUACCGACCUUGGUCGGAAGACCGCAAGGAUGGUUGGUUCGAAGGUUGUUGAGGAUCGAAAAAGCGCCUGCGGGUUUGACUAUCUUCUG